CACUAGGGGACAGCCUUCACAGGACAGGAUAGCGGAUGGCUAACUGGAAGGAGCUUAGUGGCGAGAAGAAUUGGGAGGGUCUCUUGAAACCUCAUCUCGACAAAGAUCUCGGCAAAACAAUAAUCCAUUAUGGCAAAAGAGUUCAGGCUAUUUAUGAUACCAUUGACAAUAACAGAUUUUCUUCAACUUAUGGGCAUCCCAAAUAUAAAGAAGAAGAGUUCUUCUCUAAGGUUGGCCUGGGAUUGUACACUAUGAAGGCAUAUUUAUGGGCAAAUUCCAGGGACGUAGAUUUCAAUAACAAGGGCGGAGAUGUUUGGAUCGGUUACGUGGCUGUGGCCACAGAUGAAGGAAAAGAAAAGUUGGGAAGAAGAGACAUUAUGAUUUGCUGGAGAGGAACUUUGACGCUGGCUGAGUGGAUCAAUAAUUUGCAGGUCGACCAAACCUCAGCCUCGCCAAUUUUAGGGCCAUGCCAGGAGAAUCCUAGUGUGCACAAGGGUUUUCUCUCCAUCUACAACUAUAAGUUAGCCAGAGAGCAGGUUCUUGAAGUUGUCAGAGUACUGGUGGAUCAAUACAAACAUGAAGAAAUCAGUAUUACAGUAUCAGGGCACAGCUUGGGGUCAGCAGUUGCCACAUUGAACGCAGCCGACAUAGUUGCCCAUGAAUACAACAAACCCACAGGGUCAAGCACCGCAGCAAUGGUGACAACCUUUGCCUUUGCAAGUCCCAAAGUUGGCAACUCAGGCUUCAAGACCGUCUUCAAUAAACUCAAGAAUCUUCAUCUCCUGCACAUUAAACAUGUUCGCGACCCUGUUCCUCCACUUCCUCAUGGCGAUAAUUACUCGCAGUUAGGAACUGUGUUAAGUCUCGACACUACUGAUUCAAAUUCACCAUUGGAGUGUCAUAGUUUGAAGCAUAUACUUAAGGUAAUUGAAGCAACACAAGUAAAGCUGAACUAAAAAUGGUGACGGGAAGCUGGAUGUGUUAAGAAUGUAAUACUAAAUAAGGUAGGUUUGUGUUAGCAGGAAGCACAAACCGUAGUAAGACACUGUCCAUCUCUGUGACGAGAGGAAAUUGCUUCCCUUGUGUAAUGACGCAGUCCAUCUCUGUGAUGAUAAUAAGUACUUCCCUUGUGUGUAA